AUGGCUACUCUUCACUUCACUCUCCCGUCCACAACCGGCCGGCAGCGGCCGCCGGAAUUCCGGUCCAUCUUCAAACCGGCUCGGUGUGCAGCUGAGAGACAGGCCCUAUUUGACCGAAUUGCCCCUGUCUAUGAUAACUUGAAUGAUUUGUUGAGUUUAGGGGGCCACAGGGUAUGGAAGAGGAUGGCCGUUUCUUGGACUGGAGCAAAAGAAGGAGACACUGUGUUGGAUGUGUGUUGUGGGAGUGGGGAUUUGGCCUUUCUAUUGUCUGAAAAAGUUGGAGUCAAAGGCAAGAUAAAAGUAGGUAAUAAAGAGAAGGGGAGUACCUAUCCGGAGCCCUUCUCAUCCUCGGUUCUCGGCCUAGUGCCAGAGGCGUGCUGCUCUCAGCAAUCGGUUCAUUCGAAUCUGGUUCUGCCUCUUCUUCUGUACGCUCGAUCUCAUCUAUCUGAGCUCCCACUGAAUCUGCUGGUCUCAUGA